AUGGCCCGGGAGCUCACCCAAGCCAAAGUCCUGCUGCAACAGUACAUGCAAGAAAACGAGGACAUCCGCAUGGAAAACGUGGCUCUCUACAGCCAGCAUGCCGCACUACAGCUGCAGCAGGAGCAGCUCGAGCGUCACAAUGCAGACCUUGUGGCUCAGCUGCGGGAGGUUCAGAUCAAUUAUGAGCGUGCGCGCAACCCACAGUCCAAGGCAGCCUUGAGCCGGCGCCUGGGUGCUAGCCAAAACGGCGCGCCCGUUCAUGAAAAGGAACCUCUGAUCUUGGGCAAGGAGCCUGCAGCGCGCAUGGCCUCGCCGUCUCUCAGUGAACCUCAAGGCAAAAGCCGCCGCAAGCGCAGCCUCAAGCCGGCUGCCACCGCUCAGCGCCACGCCUCUCGGGUGUCAAAGGGCCGUGAACCCGCCCGCAAACCACCUGUGCAGGUGCCACCGCUACCGACCGCGACUCGGUCGUCAGGCCCUUCGUAA